AUGGGUAUCACCAAUAGCGUGAUUCAGACUUUAGGUUAUGGAGAAGCAGACAGUAACCUUGACCUUGCCACUGGAAUGACGAGGCGUCAAAAGAACCUCGUCAAGAAGAGCUGGGUGUUGAUGCGAUCACAUCAAAAAGAAAAUGGCGUCGCCCUGUUCGUCCUGCUGUUUACAAGGUACCCACACCAACAGGACUAUUUCCAGUUGUUUAGAUGCGCGAGACUGGAAGAUCUGGAAGUUAGCCCUGCGAUGCGUGCGCAUGGGACCACUGUAAUGGCGACGAUUGGUUCGUUCGUAGACAAUCUUGAUGACGCGGAGUGUCUGGUGGAUCUGGUGCAGAAGAUGGCAAAGAAUCAUUUGGGAAGGGGAAUACCAAUCACAAGUUUCGAGUAUUUGCGUUCGUUGUUUAGUUAUUUCCUGGAGGAGCGAUUAGGGGAACAGGCGACACCGGAAAUCAAAGAAUCUUGGGACAGAUUUCUGUUAGUGAUGAACUCGCUGGUUGAGAUGGAAGCGCAGAGACUUGCAGCGAUGGGAGAAUGCGUGUACUUCUCACAGACAUAG